AUGUUGAACUAUGUUUUGAAGCGAAUAUUUAUUUCCUUGAGCUUCGGAAUCACUGAGAGGGGCCCGACACUCAGUACGUAUUCUUACCAAGUUCAAUCAUCAUUCACCAACAGUCGUACUCACAAUCAGUCCAUAGCAGUCACACUUAACUUGGACAAACUCUCUACAGUUGUUCAGUUCUACGCUUUCAUCACUCUUGAAUAG